AUGGUUAACCCAAGACAAGGAAAGAAGGUUACACCCAAGGUUGCAGGCAAAGGAAAAGGUCGCGGUGCAGGCAAAGUAACCUCACGGUUGCACGAUGAAGAUCAAAUCAAAGACACAAGGGCUACAAAGAAGCCCGCUGCACCUAGCAGGCCAGCCUCACCAUCCAAAAGUUCCUCCUCAUCUGAUGAGGAGAGUUCUUCUAGUUCGUCUAGCCAUAGUGGACUCAGGCAGGCUAUCACACCACCACACCGGCCUCAACCACCCAUUAGACAGCCUACUGCGGAGGAGCGCGAACAAGAGCGCGAGCAGGAAAGGAGAGAGACUGACAUCCGGAUGAGGGAUAUGUAUGAACAGGACCUCCAGUUUUCUGUGGAGGGAUCUGAAGAACUAUACAACAAAGGGUGUGAGCUAGCAAAGCAUGAGGGGCAGGGCCCUAAGAGAAGUAUUUUCGAGGAAAGGAACCCUGUUCAGAGUCUACUCGGGGAUGAUCAGAUUGAGGACACGGUUGAUGAGGAGCAAGACGAGGAGUUGGAAGAGGAUACCCACUCUUUGGCUAAAGGGAAGCGCAGGAGAGCCACGCUAGAUGAUGAAAACCUUGAUCCCAUUCUUAAGAGUCUUGAUCCGUUUGAUGCUUUGCGCCCACAGAAUGAGGAGGAGGAGGAGCGGCGAACAUUGAAGAAGAUCCGACAUGAGUCCCAGCUGGGUUCUGACACCACUGGAGCGACUUCUAGCUCAGCCCAUCCCAUUGAGCCGGCUCACCAUACUUCUGCUCCACCCACUGAGACUGGGACUUCUAGUGUUGGCCAGCCUGAUACCACCAUUGCUUCUACCUCCGAGGUUACCCAACCUCAUGAUGUUACAGCACAUCCAAGUGCCUAG